UAAUUAACACAAAGCAAUUAAUUAAUUAUUUAAUUAAUUAGUGAACACAAUCCAUGGCCAGAUUGUGCUCAUGACUGUCUCGGAGACCCUGGACAGAAAUGAUAGCAAACUUGCCACGUUUAGAAUAUGUUACAAGUACUUCCUUUCGAUACAUACCCUACAGUUACCUACAGUACUACUGUACCGUAGGACACUUGUAUAUAUUAUCCGGGCAAUGACUGUACAUACGGGCUCUACAUAAUAUUCAUGACGUAACUGUCGUCGGAUUCGAUGGGCUGCACUUUCUGUGGUAUUGUCAGUGAACGAUGAAUUUGUCUAGUAAUCUCAGCUGGUUCUUACUUGGUCGGUCGAACGCCUCGGUAUGUCCAGAAGACUGUCUGAAGAGAGGUUCAUGCUCUCACGGCACGUGUCUCUGUGAGGUCCAGUACAGUGGAGCAUCUUGUCAACACGUCAAUCUUCCAUAUGUCAUCUCAUUUGGUUUUGUGUUUCAUGUUAUUUCAGCCGUUUCAUUCCUACAACUGAUUCUCAGCAUAAUAUCUGAUUACCAACAAAGCACAAAAUGUCGUGUAAAAACAGCUUUUAGGAUGACGACAUCAAAGUGUCUCUACUUAUUUACAGGACUGGCGACUCUUUCCAAAGGCCUUUAUUUUUCUUUAAUGGAACAUAUCCCAAAUCAGUGGUCAUUGAAUCUGGAGAGUACGUACUACCCAUUCGUUCUGGCAAGUGUAGCACUAAUUGUGUGCUUUUGGGCUGAGAUCUACAUGAAAGGAAUUCAGACUGGUGGUUCCAGCUUCCUUCUUCACUCUCACGUUGCAUAUUCUUCGUUUUGUGGAGUUAUCUACACUUUGUUAGGAGCUAAAUGGAUUGUGACCGAAUUUGUAGAUGAUGCUGCAAAGGAUCACAUUCACCAGACAAUUGAAUGUGUGUGGGCAGGUCUCAUGUUGAUAGUUUUUGUAUUCUUUCUUAUCUUUGGAGUCGAACUAUUUUUCAAGGUUCGUGGUGCAUUUGCUACUGACACUGCACAUUUGAAUAAUCAUCAAGUGCAAUGCUCACGAUUUGGUCUUGUGAGCCAAGCUCUAUUCCAGUUGGGUGUGGCAGCUCUACUUAUUAUUGAUGGAUCAGAUUCGUAUCUAAGAGAUCGUUCUUCAGUGCUUGCAAGAACAGUUUAUGACAUUGUAUUUCGUAUUAUGGAACUUGCUAUUGCUUUAUGGUUUCCUUGUGCAUUAUGGAAUUGGAAAAGACCCGAGAAGUUGUGGCUUAUUAACCCAAGGCAGCUGUUGCAGCAAAGUGAAGAGGGAGAGUCAGAUGAGCAUUCGUUUCUUGUAAAUUCACCUGGCCUCACUACAUCUUAUGCAUCAACUGAAACUUCAGUGCAAGCUUCUGUAAGCAUUGGUGAUGAAUGUUGGAUUUGCUUGGACAAAGAUUUAUUGAAGGGAGAAUCACUGAUGAUUCCAGCUAACUGUAAAUGUCACAAUCCAGUCCAUCAUUGUUGUCUCAAGAAAUGGAUUCUAGAGAAACAUGCCAGCAGCUCAGGCUCUGAGAAGCCAUGUUGUGCCAUUUGCCACGAACCGUAUGUUAUCUCUGUCCCUACAUCAUCAGGAUGGCUAUUAACUGGCUUAACUACAAGGCACUGGUUGACUAUAUGUGGUCUGGUUGCAGCUUUAUGUGGGCUCUUUGUCUCUGGUCAACAAACUGUUGACACGAACUGGCCGAAUGUCGUGAAGGUUUUCGUGCUAGGACUAGUCAUAAUUUCUAGCCUUCUUUGUAUACGAAUUUUAGUGCAGAACGUAAUGAAUGCACUGCGUCGAGCAAGAGCAGCUGCCAUGAUGAUUCGUGGUCGACUGCCUUCAGAAGAGGCUACACUUUGAUACAGAUACCUAGAAGACAGUCAGAUUUGUGUUUACUACUUGUAGUGAUAAUUAUGUGACAAAUGUAUAUUGCUGUGCUUGCCAAUAAAGACUGUAGGCUGCCUAGAUAUGAAUUAUUUACUGGUGCUAUAUUCGAUUGACAAUGUAUUGGACAAACUUGCA